AACUCCACAGUAGUGACGUUGGUAAUUAAUUACAACUAGUAACUAGAUACCCGAGUGAAAUAAUAAAUACGGUUGAUUGAGGUUUGAAGGGCGGGGUGCAGAGAGAGAGAGAGAGAGGAUGAUGAAGAUGACGGAGGUGGGCGGCCGUGGGUGCGGCGACAAUGGCAGGGCGAAAUGCGGCGGAGAGAGUAUGCGGGACGCAGCCAAAACACAGGACAACAUUAGUAAUAAGAACAGGGUAUUCUGUUCCAGCCGACCAACUUUCAAAAAGGUUCAGGUUGUCUAUUACCUCUCAAGAAAUGGCCUCCUCGAGCACCCUCACUACAUGGAAGUCACUCAUCUUGCCCACCGCCACCUUCUCCUCAAAGAUGUGAUGGACCGACUUACAGCCUUGAGAGGGAAAGGGAUGCCAUCACUCUACUCUUGGUCCUGCAAACGGAGCUACAAGAAUGGAUAUGUGUGGAAUGACUUAGCAGAGAAUGAUGUUAUCUACCCAUGUGAAGGUUCAGAGUACAUACUCAAAGGCUCCGAACUCGUCCAAGGCUCUUCUGAAAAAUUUAAAAUGCUACAAGUGAGCAAUUCCCAGCAAUUUCAGCUUGUUAGGAAUGCGCAUGACGGAGGAGACUUUCUGCCCAAACGCAAACCGGUGGCUGCGAAACAAUACCCAGAACCGGAAGAAGUUCAGAACAAUAAUUACGGUGAAGAAGACGAGGAUGAGGAAGAAGAAUAUGAAGAGAAAACAAGUUAUUCUAACUGCUCAGCUACGGAGAAUCAGUUACGUGUACUCGGAGUGGAGGAUAAGAACGGCGGCGAGUUAACCCGGGAUGACUCUUCUUCGCCGUCAACCACUUCCUCAUCACUGUCCGAAAAGGCCAACAACGCGUCCAAGAGGUUCGAACACGGUGACUCCUCGUUGCUGAGUCGAAACUCGGUGCUCUUCCAACUCAUUUCUUGCGGCGGCUCCGCCUCUUUCAGGGGGAAAACUAUAGCACCCUUCACGAAGCAAGCCGCCGCCAGCGUGACGGUGGGCAGAAAGAGCUGCAGUGGCAGUAGCCUCCAAAAAGAGGUCUUGAUCAGGGCGGCCGCGGCCGCGCGUGCAACGCCGCCCAAGGCCACGGAAGACGAGGAAGAAAUCAAAUACAUGUCGGAGAAUCCAAGGUUCGGGAACAUGCAGUCCGAGGAAAAGGAGUACUUCAGCGGCAGCAUCGUGGAGUCGAUCACGACGGAACAACGGGCAGAAAUCAACCCCGUCAGCCUCAAGAAAUCCAACUCUUACAAUGAAGAACGGAGCUGCAAAGCAGGGCUGGGAGAUGGCGCAGAGAAAGAAGGAAAGAGAAGAGGGAAAGGUGGUGGGACUACUGGGAAGUGCAUUCCCAUUAAAAAGUCUUCUUCUAAGCACUCCAAAAAGUGACGGUUUGAUUUGAUACCAAUUUGGCAGUUGUGAAGUGAGUUGCAGUGGCAUGGCCCCAUGGCCAUGGACAAUCUGGCUGUAAUAGUUGUCUUCUUUAAUGGAUUCAUCGUUUAUUAGGGGUUAAAAGCUGGUGAAAUUUGGACUUUUCAACAGCUUCCUGGUGUUCCUGUACUCCUCUGUAGUGUCUGUACCACCUACCAUCAAAUUAACUUAACUUUCUUUUUCAUAA